AGUAACCUGUAUUGUGCUAUAUCUAACUGCGCCAUUUUACAUCCGUGUUUAAGAAUCUUUAACUCAUUAGAUAUAAUAAGUAUCUAAGUAUCCAGUGAUUUCUAUACGUGUAUGUUUUGUAGGAAUUUACGUGAUGUUGUUGAGGAAACUCAAGAUGUCUAGUAACCUUACAUUUCGAGCCAGUGUUAAAGUGAAGCGGCAAGAAAAGUUAUCGACUUCCUCAAUAAACGUAUCUGUGAAGCUUCAUGAAGACUGAAUGAAUCAUGGAAGACACACAAGCAUUCAGAGAUGGACAUGUUUCUCCAGGAAGCAGUAAAUUUCAGUGGGACAGAUCCAACUCAUCAGAGUCCAGCUGUGCGUCCAUGAAGAGUGACCAGUCUGUGGAUAAACCAUUAAAUUUUCAGGGAAGACACACAUCAACUGAUCUCAGUGAGCGCUCUGUGGACACUCCAGGAACAUUUACAGGAAAACAUGUGUCAUCUAAUAUGAGUCGUGACUCUCAACAGGUCCCAAUCAGAUUGAAAUCAAAUCUACUGAAGAAGUUUGAGCGUCUGUAUGAAGGAACAGGGAUGCAGGGAAACCCAACACUCCUGAAUGAGAUCUACACAGAGCUCUACAUCACAGAGAGUGAGAGUGGAGAGAUCAAUAAUGAGCAUGAGGUGAGACAGAUUGAGACACAAUCCAGGAGAGCAGCAACAGAGGACACGGCCAUCAAAUGCAAUGACAUCUUUAGACCUUUACCUGGACAAGACAAAGUCAUCAGAACUGUGCUGACAAAGGGAGUCGCUGGCAUUGGAAAAACAGUCUCUGUGCAGAAGUUGAUCCUGGACUGGGCUGAAGGGAAAGAGAAUCAGGACGUCCAGCUCAUAUUUCCACUUCCUUUCAGAGAAAUCAACCUGAUGAAAGACAAAACAUUCAGUCUAUCAGAUCUGCUUCAUGUGUUUUUCCCUGAAACUAAAGAAAUGGAAAUAUCCAGUGAUGAAUAUAAAGUUCUGUUCAUCUUUGAUGGUCUGGAUGAGUGUCGUCUGUCUCUGGACUUUAAGAGUAAAGUGAAACUGUGUAAUAUAUCUGAAUCAGUCUCAGUGGACGAGCUGCUGAUGAACCUCAUUGUGGGGAAUCUGCUUCCCUCUGCUCUCAUCUGGAUCACCUCCAGACCAGCAGCAGCUGAUCUCGUCCCCUCUGAGUGUGUCCAUCGAGUGACAGAGGUACGAGGCUUCAGUGAUCCACAGAAGGAGGAAUACUUCAGGAAGAGAAUCAAUGAUCAGAGUCUGGCCGACAGGAUCAUCUCACACCUGAAGUCAUCAAGGAGCCUCUACAUCAUGUGCCACAUCCCAGUGUUCUGCUGGAUCUCAGCCGCUGUUCUGGAGAAGAUGUUGACUCAAGGAAAGAGAGAAGAGAUUCCCAAGACUCUCACUCAGAUGUACACACACUUCCUGAUCCUUCAGACCAAAAUCAAACAUGAGAAGGACUAUAAGAAAACAGUCAAAGAUGAAGACAUGAUCCUCAGACUGGGGAAACUGGCUUUUGAGCAGCUUGUGAAAGGAAACCUGAUCUUCUAUGAGGAAGACCUGAGAGAGUGUGGCAUUGAUGAGACAGAAGCAGCAGUGUACUCAGGAUUGUGCACUCAGAUCUUCAGAGAGGAGUUGGGCUUGUAUGAGGGGAAAGUCUUCUGCUUUGUUCAUCUGAGCAUCCAGGAACAUCUAGCAGCUCUAUAUGCACAUCUUUCCUUUACAGAGAACUACAGAAAUGUGUUUGAGCAAACCAAACAAAGUGUGUUUUCUAAAUUUGUAAACUGGCUUAAUUCUUUAUCUGAGCUGCAUAAAAGAACUGUGGAUGAAGCUUUAAGGAGUAAAAAUGGACAUUUGGACCUUUUCCUGCGUUUUCUUCUGGGUCUCUCAUUGGAGUCCAAUCAGACUCUCUUACAAAAACUACUGACACAGACAGGAAGCUGCUCCUACAACAAAAAGAAAACAGUUGAGUUCAUCAAACAGAAGAUCAGGGAGAAUCACUCUUCAGAGAGAUCCAUCAAUCUGUUCCACUGUCUGAAUGAACUGGGAGAUGAUUCACUGAUGCAGGAGAUCCAGAGAUAUCUGAGAUGUGGACAAAUAGGAGAAACCAAACUCUCCUCUUCACAGUGGUCAGCUCUGGUUUAUGUGUUGCUGACAUCAGAGCAGAAGAUAGAUAUUUUUGAUUUAAAACAGUUUACUGGAGUCCAAAAUACAGCAGAUGAAGCUCUUCAGAAGCUGCUGCCUGUGAUUAAAGAAUACAGAUCAGUUCAGUUGUAUGAUUGUGGAGUCACAGAUGAAGGUUGUGCUGCUCUAGCUUCAGCUCUGAGAUCAAACCCCUCACACCUGAGAGAACUGACUCUGUCUGGAAAUAAACUAGGAGAGUCAGGAGUGAAGCUGCUCUCUGAUCAACUGAAGGAUCCUCGCUGUAAACUGGAGAUACUCUGGUUGAGGGAUUGUGGAGUCACAGAUGAAGGUUGUGCUGCUCUGGCUUCAGCUCUGAGAUCAAACUCCUCACACCUGAGAGAACUGAAUCUGACUGGAAAUAAACUAGGAAAGUCAGGAGUGAAGCUGCUCUCUGAUCUUCUGAAGGAUCCUCGCUGUAAACUGGAGAAACUCUGGUUGUAUGAUUGUGGAGUCACAGAUGAAGGUUGUGCUGCUCUGACUUCAGCUCUGAGAUCAAACCCCUCACACCUGAGAGAACUGGAUCUGUCAUUUACUAAACUAGGAGCGUCAGGAGUGAAGCUGCUUUCUGAUCUACUGAAGGAUCCUCGCUGUAAACUGGAGAUACUCUGGUUGAUGAAGUGUGAAGUCACAGAUGAAGAUUGUGCUGCUCUGGCUUCAGCUCUGAGAUCAAACCCCUCACACCUGAGAGAACUGCAUCUAUCUUUAAAUGAACUAAGAGACUCAGAUGUGAAGCUGCUCUCUGAUCUGAAGAAUGAUCCACAUUAUAAACUGGAGACGCUUGUGUUUUAGAUGAUAGUCUGAUCUUCUCUGAUCGCUGAUGGAGAAUAAAUAACCGCUACAGACAGACAUCACAUUCAACAGAAUCAACACGCACACACACACACACACACACACACACACACACACACACAGAUCAGCAAACACACCUGUUUGUGCUACUUUACAGAAUCAUACAAUUCAUGAUUAGAGAUAAGAUGAGGAAAAAUUUAGUUUUUUUUCUUCUGGAGUGACUUUUGUACAGGUACCACAUUUUACUGUAUAAAUAAUAUUGCUAGUUUUCUGUCACAGUAUGUGUAUUUUCUGUUCAAUUCUUAUUACAGUAGAUUUUAACUCAAUGUAUAUUAAAAUAAAAUAAAAAAGGUUAAAAUGUUUAAAACCUAAAAUAUAUAACACAUGUAUACACUCUGAAAGUAAAGUGAAUUGAUUUUGUAAAGUUUUUAUCAUCUUUAUUCUAUGUAAGUUUUGAUGUGUCAGGAUAAAGCAAAAGCAUCCAGACGUCUACAAGGUCUCGAACAACUGAUACAGAUUAGAUUGUACAACCAGUGCUGGAAAUAAAUAGUAAAUAAAGGCAUACUAAAUUGAAAUAUGAAAAAAAUGAAAAUAAAAAAUAAAAUAACAUUAAUGGUGCUGCAUUGACACAGAGUGGUUUAACUAGAUAUUGCAGUCCAAAAUCAAAAUAUUGGAGAGGGUUUUUUUGCAUUUUACAUUGAGCCUUACACUGUAAGUUGUUCAGAUGUGUAUGUUUGUAAUAUUUGUAUUGUUUGCAAAUUAUAAACCACCUCAUGUGUAUUUUUAUAAAUCUGAAUCUGCGUCUCAUCUCGGAGGCUGCUGCUGUGUCCUCCUGGGGUCACAUUUGUUGGCCACAGACACUGAGGCAGUUAUAAAAGUAAUCAAAUAGACUGUUAUUCAUUGUGAGGUGUAAAAUACUAUGAUUUAUUUCUUACUUUGAAAUAUAAUGGUUCAUUUUCUCAAUCGAGACUGCCUCAAUGAAUUAUGCAUAAAUUACACAUAGACAGUUAAGCCCAUUAUGCUGAAAACAUAAGCUCAGUACUCUACAAAUCCACACUAUGGAGUGAUUUAUUUAUUUUUUUUCCUUGCCCCGACGACAAUUAAUUGCUGAAGAAAAUUAAUAAAUAGCUUCACAUUAACAUCAACUAAUUCAGACACAUUUGCAUUUGUUAAAUUAAAUUAAAUGUUGUUUUUGUACAAUGAUAAACGAAAUGAUAAACAGCAUGACCCGUCUGCGCCUCCACACUAGUCGUCCACAGAUGUCUCUAAUAAACGCUGUCUUACCAACCAGGUGUCACGAAACAGUUAACCAACUUUAGAUAAUUACUUAUCUGCCAAGGAGAAAAUAACUCAAAUCAGCAUUAGUUUUUAAAACUUUGUCUAUUUUAAGCUGUCUCCAUCUCUCAUACGAAUCUCCAAUAUUUAUUCUGCUUUUAUUAUACCGUUGUUGGUCAUGAAAUUUUUUGGAUGGAUGUCAAGGCUUUUUAGAAAGGGCAGAAAAAGUUAUAUUUCCUGCUCUGACCCCUUUGUUUGCCAG